GGUGAGACGGGCUAUAAAUGAAAGAAGAGGACCAACUUGGUAGUCUCCUUCCUCGUGUCGUGGCGUCGUAUCCUCGGAGGAUUCCCCAUCAGCUGAAAAAGUCGUUUGGAUCUGCCAUCUCUCCUGCUCAAAAAAUCCAGCUUUGUCGUCUCUUCUGUUUCUCUACUUUGUUAUUGGAAUCUAAUCCUCCUGUUUGGAUCGGUAUUAGCUGGGGUCAGUGGGUAGAUUUGGGGCUCAUGAGUGGACCUAAAAAAACUUCCUUAACCUGAAGUCUGUCAUAGAUCAGCUGUGCAAACCUUUGAAUCUCGUCGGUUCUCUGUUUUCCUACAAAUUCGAGAAAUUGAGCUAUAAUAAACACACACACACACGUAUAUGUGAAUAAUUGAGCUUUGAAUUUCAUGUAAUAAACUUGCUUUUUUGUUGGGAAAAAUCUCAUCUGAAUAAUUUUUUUUGGCAGGUUUAGGCGUUGUUCUGCAGAAUAUUUUUGUCUAGAAAGAUGAACCAUUUUAGUCUUCAGCAGAACGCCUUUAUGGCCCGUGAAGAGAUCAGAGGUGGUUCCGGUUCCACCUUUGUAUCUGAUCCGAUGGACCCUGUUGUUUGCCCUAGACCUCGCCGAGUUGGGAUUUUGGCUAACAGUUCUGUCAAGCCCUUGAGAUUGCAGAUUAACCCAUUAUCUGAGUUCUGUGAUUCAAAGGCUGGGGCAGAUCUGCUGGACAUGAUUCUCAUGAAGGAGGAUUAUGGGGUGGAACAAUCCAUGACCCAGGUAGCCUCUUCACCCCCUUUUUUUUGUGGGUCUCCUCCAAGCAGGGCUGCCAACCCAGUAGUCCAAGAUGCUCGAUUCAGAGAUGAGAAGCUUGCUCCUGUUCAUGGAUUUCCUUACCCAUCCCCAUCGGGUUUAUCUUCGCCGUCAUCUUCUGCACGCAAAGGAGGAUGUGUUAGAAUGAAGUUCGGGCCUAAUCCGGCCGCAGUUAGAGUAGAAGGAUUUGAUUGUCUGAAUAGGGAUCGCCAAAACUCCAGCAUCCCUGCCAUGGCUUGAAACUCCUGCAAUGAAUUGUAUAUAGAAGGAAAGCUGAAUGCCACCACCACAGUUCACAAAAACAAUAGCGCACUUAACCAGAGGAGAUAAUUUUUUGGAUAUUUUUGGAGAGAAUUGAGAUCUGUUACUGUAAAUAUGAUGAUAUGUUUUGUUGGUGAUCAUCUCACUGCUAAUGUCUAUAAGUAGCUUGAGCGUAUAACGGAGGCAAAUCUUGUGUUCAAGAGAAUGUUUGAACAUGUUCAAGGAGCAAUGCUCUUUUUUGUAAUAUAAAAUGGGUUAGUCCUAGGGAAAAGGGUGUACUAUUUCACGUUUUGAUGGUCACUGAAAAUUCUGUAUAAAGUCCUAUUGGUGAUGUAGUCCUGGUCGUGUAAAUGAGUCUUGUUAAAUGUUUUGGAAACUUUACCUAA